GCUCGCCAUUCCUGGUUCGGAAAUUGUCCAAGUCUACCUGGCGUAUUUAUCUCUGCUUUGUUGUUUGGUUUCUUGUCGGAGAUCGUGGCAACCGUUGGACUGGUGAUCGAAGUUUUGAUAACUCCAACACGAGCGAACUGCAUCCAUAUCCCCCCCCUUCAUUGCUUCAUUGCAGUCACCAACAUAGGCAUCGCUCACAACAUAUAAAGGCUCUCUCUAUCUUCAUGGAAGUUGUACGUCUUGUGCCCAAACAUCUGUCUCGAUAAGUCCGUUCGUCUUUCAUCUCGCAGCCAUUUACAUUCUUUCUCGGCUCGAACAACUCGGGAGCCGUCUCCCAGUGAUAAACAUCUCAGGUUGUCGUCACUGUCGCCAUUCCUUACUGUAUUCUACUUUCUACUACUUUCAAGCCCUUGUUCAUCCUUACACAUCAAUCUCCUUUAAUAAGUUCGCAUCAACGACUUUCUCUUUCUCUUAUUCUCUUAUUCCCCAACAUGGACACGGCAUCCUUGCACAACAUCGCGUGGCUCAUCCCGUCGGCUGGGAAUAGAUGGGCUUUUCAGGCCACCCGCAUCCCAGCCAACAGCGCCCGGCGCGUCAACUUGGCUCCGCUGGUAACCCGUGCCAACCUCGACUCUAUCCCCGAAGACCCCGAAGAAGAUUUCCUCUCUGAGAAGGAGAACGAAAACGAGAACGAAACUUGCGUCUCGCCCAUGUUCCCUCGCGUAGGCCUUGGUAUCUCUUUCGACCACAAGCCAAAGGGCUCCCGCGGCUUCGUCAUCGGCACCGACCCCCACACCUGCGAUAUCGUCCUCCCCCGCGUGCGCGGGAUAAGCCGCCGCCACUGCUACCUGACCUUCGAUUCCGACAAGCGCCUCAUCCUCCGCGACACGUCCAAGCAUGGCACCGCUGUCUGGUACGAUGGACACAGCAAUGGCGACCAACGCAGGGCCACCUGGGUCCUGAGCAGCGGCAUGUCAUACGGGUUCCCGGCCAUGGUCAACAAGAUCGUCAUUGACAUCCAGGGAGUCCGCUUCCAGAUCGUCGUGAACGAGUGCCUUCCCCACCUGGAAGAGUACCAGGACCUCGUCGACGAUUUUCUCAGCUCUAUUGCUGCUGCUUCCGUUGCUGCAUCGUUUGCGCCGAGCAGGCCUUCUCUCGUCCCGGCGCCAUUGCGAAUCCAGCGGCCUGUUUUCGUCAAGUACACCAUUCCUUCGGACGACGGCACGCAGUCCGACUAUCUCUGGAACGCCGCUAAGCCGUGGGAGCCCCUCGUCAAAGUCGCGUCCUAGCUCCGUCCGCAGAGGUAUGCGAAGUUUCACUCAGGCUCUAGGUCCUGGGGCACGGAGGGGUCGGGUGAACGUUGAAGGCCCUAAAUUGCGGUUAUUGGUAUUCAUCUGGCAUGGAUCAUCAACCCAAGUUUCAGUACCCCCUCAGAUUGUACAACACACUCACAUCAUUCUUUAAUUUCACUUACUUCCGCUGAAAGCAGCCGGGACACUCCAGCAACUCAGGACGACGCUCAUGUCAAACAACUAGACUAGCACAUCUCUUUUCCUUUGUACCAUUGUUAGCAUUAGAUACCCGUAUUGUCCUCCAUCUUCC